AUGGAGCCUUGGGUGAACUGGGCUGUGUUCAUUCCGCUAGUCGCCGGUCUCACUGUCUAUUAUUACUGGCCUCGAGCUGCUCAAGCUCCAACCAAGGCCCAGCCAGUUCCGGCUAUCAACAGUGCUGCCAAACCCGAAAAGAGUACACCUCCUAAGCAGAAGAAGGCAGCCUUAUCCAAGACGUCAUCUCUGAAGGUUGCACCAAGCAAGGAGAAGUCGACAGGCAAUGCAGUUGAGGGGGUUGCAAAAGAAGGGGCUGACCGCAAGGUUGAAUCGAAUGUUGUCACCAGCGAGGAAACUGCAGAUGAUUCGUUGCGCGAAGCCAAGGAGUUCGCCAAGAGAAUGACCCAGGCAAGACAAGGUGUCGAAGUGAAGAGCAACGAAAUUAAGGGUGGUCGCGUGAAGACCGUCAAGCAGAGCAGCGUCAUCAGCGCUGACAGCGGAAGAUCGGCCCCUGCACACACCGAGUCAGCUGAAGAUAAUGAGGUUGCCAAUUCAUCGGCCUCAACCCGUGAUGCUGGCAGCGUCGCCGAUAUGCUUGAGCCUGCUACCCCUGCCCCAAUGACUCUGCGCAUUACGCCGUCAGAGAAGCCUGUCCGAGCCAAUGGUCACGCGAAGCCCCCAAAAGACGGCAAGACCGAGACUCAAUCAAAGAAAGCUCGUCAGAAUGAAAAGAAGAAGGAAGAGCAGCGCCUGCAACGCGAGGAAGAUGAGAAGAUCAGGAAGGCAUUAGAGGAGAAGCAGCGUCGUACAGCACGUGAGGCUCGCGGUGAGCCUGCAAAGAAUGGCAUCCCUGUAGUUGCUAAACCGCCAGCCACUAACUCCUGGACCGCAAACACGAACUCCAGCAUCUCGGCUGACCGGGCUUCCAACACGAAUAUUGCUCUGUUGGACACCUUCGAAACAGAGUCAAUUGGCCAAAAUGGAAUCAGUGCCACUGCUACCAAAACCACGGAUUCUCAUCAGGCCGCCCCUACACCGAGAGGAGCCUCGCAAAUCAAUGAGCCCGCGAACGUUUCUGAAGAACAAGAUGACGACGCGGCUUGGACGACGGCUGGCAGCAAGCGAAAGCAGAAAAAGACUCAGACUACCGCUGACAAGGCCAGUGAUGCCCAUGUGGUACCGAAGCCGAUCAGCACCGUGGUCGCUCCUGCGACUAAACCAUUGAUCAACGGCAAGCCUAUCGGCUUCCAGGCACUGACUGACGAGUAUGAACAACGGACCGAUGUUGAUGCGAGUGACGCGUCGAACUGGGAUGCUUGA